AUGGCAUCCUCGGUGCCGGUGGAUUUCUCUUCCGGAGAUCAUUACGCUGUUUUGGGCGUACCCCGGACAGCCAGUGAGGCAGAGAUUGCCAAGGCUUACAGGAGUUUAGCAUUACGUUACCACCCGGACAAGAACCAAAGCAAAGUCAAAGAUGCAGAGGUCGGGUUCAAGCGGAUUUCCGAAGCAUAUUCGGUGUUGAGAGAUCCGCAAAAACGCGCAGAGUAUGAUCGUACUGGCGGAACUCGCUCUUAUGUCAGCUAUGAUGAAGCAGAGCAGAUGUGGCGUCAAUUUUCUGGUGAAGGUCGCCACGAGGCUGAGGAGGAUAGCAGACCAAAUUCCGACUUGCAGAACAGGAGAAAGGCGAUGGCAAUUCUGGUUGUCCUUGGUCUCUUUGUUUUGGCGCCGAAUCUCUUGAUCCAAGUGCUGCCGGGUUUGACUGCAGCAGUCGUAGGCUUUGCUUUGCUGACUCGAAGAGAAAAUGCAUCCAAAUGGGCCUGGUGCGCUUUGGCUUUGUUGCUCGCCAGCUAUGUUGCGCCUUGGGUUUUGCGCGCUCGGUCAUCCUUCGAACCGAUGGCAGGUACAGAACUGCAUGGCCUUGGAGAGACAGAGUCCUCAGUGCCUGUUGGCACGCCGAACAGUGGUGAGGAGGUUCUGAUCGAUGGGCAAUUUUUGCGUGUUGCGGACCCAACGCAUCGAAAUGGGCCAGUCAGCGAAGGCUGGCAGCAGCGACUGUUGGGUGAGAUGACCGAAGCUAUCAAGAAAGGCCGCGAGCAGGUUCUGAUGGUCUUCUCUCGUGAGGGAUGCCCCUGGUGCCAGAGGCAGCUGCCAGUGCUCCAGGCUGCCAUUGCCAAGCGAGCCGGGGUGGGAACACAAGACGUGGAGGCUCAGCCGGCAUUCCUGGCGCCUUCCGGAACUGCGGCUGUCGGAAUGGCGCAGCCACCCGCCAAUGGGCUCUCCUCAGCGCCCCUGCGCGUUUUCAUUUUCUAUGCGGAAGAGUUUCAAAACGUCGCGCAAGCCUUCAAAGUUGAGGCCUUCCCAACCCUUAUCGCUUGGGGACGUCCUGGCGUCCCGCCGUUGGCAGCUCAAGGCUUUCUUGACGAGCAGAAUCUGGAGCAACUGCUGCAGGAGGUCGCCGUGGCCGAGCCGCAGGCAGAGGAGCCGAGCAGUUGA